GGUGUAGGCACGGAGUGGGCGUGGUCCUGGAUCAAAGUCGGGGAGCUGGCUAGCGGCCGCGAAAUUUACUGGAAGGCUUUCGCUCACCCUGCGACGCCGUUCGACCAGCGGCACAGAUGGAGGGAGCGGUGGUUCGGCUGCUGCGUGGCAGCGCGCUGCCUGCUGCAGUCUAACCUCAGGGACAUGUCAGAACUGUUCUCUUCGGCACACUGGCCCCAUCGUGGGUUCCUGUUGCCUUGAUUCCUUGUUUCCUAAGUGCUGGACCGGGCUUUCUUGACCGUGGCCCCGUGAACCUUGCAGGCCAGAGAAUUGUCCGUGCUCAGAAGAGACUUCCCCACUUGCCUGCUUUCUUGGAAGACUCCUCCACAGGCCCUAAAAUCUUCCCAGCCAGAAGCUCUGCUCAGUAUAACCAGCGAGGGGCUCUCUUGCGCCCCCCUGCAAACCUUCACCAUCGAGGAGAUGAUGAUAAAGAACUCAGUGAAAAAAUUUGCCCAGGAACAGAUUGCUCCUUUGGUUUCAACAAUGGACGAAAAUUCAAAAAUGGAGAAAUCAAUAAUACAAGGAUUGUUUCAACAAGGGCUGAUGGCCAUCAACGUGGACACCAAGUAUGGAGGGACGGGAGCUUCGUUUUUCUCCUUAAUCCUGGCGGUGGAGGAAUUAGCCAAAGUCGAUGCAUCUGUGGCUCUGCUGUGUGCUGUCCAGAACUCGGUAGUCAGUAAGCUGGUUGAAAAACACGGGACAGAAGAACAAAAGGCUACCUAUUUGACCAUGCUAGCUACAGGAAAAGUAGGAAGUUUCUGCCUUUCAGAGGCUGGCUCGGGUAGCGAUUCGUUCGCUUUGAAGACCAGAGCAGAGAAAAGGGGGAAUUAUUAUGUCAUCAACGGCUCGAAGAUGUGGAUUACCAAUGCCGAGUACGCGGACCUGUUCUUGGUGAUGGCGAAUGUGGACCCUUCCGUGGGGUAUAAAGGAAUUACCUGCUUCAUAGUCCAUCGGGACACUGAAGGCUUCCACAUAGGGAGAGCGGAGAACAAACUGGGAAUCAGAGCUUCUUCCACCUGCCCGUUAACAUUCGAAAACGUCAAGGUUCCGGAAGCCAAUAUCCUGGGGCAAGUCCGACGCGGCUAUAAGUACGCCAUAGAGAGCCUCAAUGAGGGCAGAAUAGGGAUCGCUGCCCAGAUGCUGGGAUUGGCUCAAGGAUGUUUUGACUACACUGUUCCAUAUACUAAAGAAAGGAUACAGUUUGGCAAAAGAUUAUUUGACUUUCAGGGACUCCAGCACCAGGUGGCUCAGGUGGCCGUCCAGCUGGAAGCUGCGAGGCUGCUGACCUACAACGCCGCUCGCCUUGUCCAAGCCAGAAAACUGUUCAUAAAAGAGGCAGCUAUGGCCAAAUACUAUGCGUCAGAGGUUGCAGGACUGACCACUAGUAAGUGUAUCGAGUGGAUGGGAGGCGUGGGCUACACCAAAGAUUACCCUGUGGAAAAAUACUUCCGAGACGCAAAGAUCGAGAGGAAGGGAGAGAGAAGGCGAAACAUCGAUGUGAGAGAGAAGGGUGGAUCAUUUGCCUCUCAUACCCGCCCCUGUAACCUUUUGGUGCAUUGAGGACACUCCCACCAAUUGAGCCACCCAGCCAGGACCAAAAACAAAAUUUUACAUGUUCACUACACAUAGUGAUCAGUAUAUAACAGGAUAUGAAAAAGCUAACCAUAACUUGAAAGAACUGGUUAAAUAGAAAACAAAAAGACAGAGUACAACUUGUCAAGAAUCAUGGGAAGCCGGGCCAUCUCACUCAACUCAGUGCUCCUGGGAGGAUGGACAGGAAGGUGUAUCAGACCUCCGGGCAGCAUCAUCGGCAGUGGUGAAAAACUAGACAUGGCUGCGCAGGAGCGUAAACAAAUCACGGAAAUGCACAAUACGAUCCUAUGCAGCAAUUUAAAAGAACAAGGUUCACAUACGGAGACCAAAGCAUCACCAAAUUGUCUUGUUUCACAAUUACAAAUCGCAUGUUUCUGCAGAACUGUAAGAAGCCAUCAUUUUUAGUGCAUAUACAUUCUGAGAAUGAACCCAGAAAGUCCAGUCCCCGCGCCAAACUGCACUGCUGGUGGUGCUGGGACUCGGGGUACAGAAGGCAGCCGUGGGGUCGCUGGCACCGUCCCCACUUGCGUUUUUAUAAUGGGAUACAGUGGUGCUUGUGUAAUUGUAGUUCAAGGUAAUAUUACUUCUGUGAUUGGAAAUAAAUCAGAUUAAAGCUACCAUAUAUAGUUAUCAGAAUUUUUCACUUUUGUGUGUCAUUUUUCCUUUAACUGAUUUUCCUGAUUUUCUUGAAUGACCACAGCCGAGGAGGCAGCUCCUUUCAGCCCCAGGGGAGACUAGACUCUGCCACGGGGGGACUGGAAGGGGAUGUGACUUCCAAGGGCGAAGCACAUGGAGCAGGUUUAAAUGCCCGCUCUGCACGCAGCAGGGCUAGCUUUGCCAAGCCAGACUUCCCUGGAACGGCUCUGUGCUGCUCUUGGGGUUGGUUAGCAUCUUGUCUUGCAAUUUAAUUUUAUGUGACUUGACCUGAAGCAUUCAAAGGGAAUAUUUUCUUAUAUAUGAAAUACUCAUUCCCAGGAGAAAAAACAAUUACAAAGUUCUGAAGUUGAAGGUCCCGGGUCCAUAGUUUAAAUUGGGUGGGCGCACUACGACAACUGCCUGUGUUUGUUAUGACCUGGGAACUAUAAUUUUUUACAUGUAAAAUGGUAUAUAAAUGUCUGUAUGGUAUCUUCAAUUUUGCCUCUUGCUCGCAAAGCCUAAAAUAUUUGCUAUCUGGUCCUUUAGGGAAACAUUUGCCUACCUCAAUUGAAUUAUUGCCUCCUAAAUUUUACUGAGAAUGUGGGUCAGUCACACCAAAAAGAGAAAAAGAGGAAGAGAAGACCUCCCCUGAGAACAUGGGUCAUGCUUCUCGUAACUUCUCUGUGGCCUAUUCAGUCCGACUGGCUCUCUGUCCUUCAGUCCACAGAGGUGUCCAAGUCUCCCCCAUCCUUGAAAAGCAAACCCCUCCCAAGGCACCAGCCGAAAGGCUGGACAGUGGUCGCCAGCUGCACGGGAGCCCCUCGUCCUCACUCACCGCCGGCCCCUUCUACCUGUUUUUACCUGGCCUUCCCUUCUGUCAGUGGAUUUAAACAGCGCUCUCAGAAGUGAGCUUUUCACCCUCCCUUGGUGGCCUGCUCCGUCCAUUCCAGACGCCUCUCCUUCCUAGAGCUCUCUGCUUCCUUGGCUUUUGUCAAAGCUCCUCCGCCAUUUGCCUGGCCCUUCUCUUCUGCUUUCCUUCCCCAUCAGUGGAAAUUCUGCUGUUUAUCGAGGUCCUGCCGUCGCGCCUCCUCUGUUUCCUGCCCGUGUGUUCGCUUUAGAACGAGCACGUGAGCCCUAGAGGUGCAGGGUGCGUUCCCUCGCAUGCGGAUACUCCGUCUUUCCAACUCUGUGGGUUUCCAUCGCUGCUGAGCUCAUUUUAAAUGUUUUCUGUGAUAAAGGGUAUUUUCAGACUGAAACGAGCCUGCACUUGUCCGAAGGGCAAGAAGUCUGGGCACUUAGGUUGAAAUGUACCAAUAGUCAAACAGUUGCCACGCACGGGUGGGGCUUUUUUAAUCCUCACCUGCGGGUCUGUUUAUUGAUUUGAGAGAGAGAAACCUCAGUGUGAGAGAAAAGCAUCGAUUCGUUUCCUCUCAUACGUGCCCCAGCUGGGGAUCGAACCCACAACCUUUCAGUGUGUCGGCUGGCACUUCAACCAACUGAGCCACCUGGCAGGUUUUUGUUUUGUUUUUUUUUAACAAUAUGUGAACAAUGCAGGCUCGGUUCAUUUAUUGUCCAGUUCUCAGAAGUCCUCAUUUGGGGUGGGCAUUUAUGCUGCCUCUGGGUUAACACAUUUCUCACCUCAGUGACCCUGAAUAUAUGCACACGUUUGCCUCAUCCCGGCUAAUGUUUUGGUCUGAAAUUUCUACUGGGUCUCAGCCAUCCAAGGCAAAUUUCUCCAAAAGAACAGAAAUUUCGGAGCAAGCCUACUUCAUCGCCCCUGACUGAUAACGCUGCCUGUGAGAACCUGAACCCAAAUCAAGCACCAGGACAUUCCCCACCGGGUCUCAGAGGGCAGAAUUCAUUAUCAUGACGAAGCCAGAAUGUUCCAAAGGCAUCUGAAAGGAAGGUCUCUUGAAAGAAAACCCUCAUCCUUCUGUCCAGCAGAAGAAAGUGCUCUCAGGGUUGGUUGGUUUUGAAGCCUUUCUGUUACUUCUCUCAACACUCACUUCUCUUGUAUCCUGCUGAAAUUGUCCUACGCCCCGUGACGUCUGACCCUUUUUGGACCCUAGUUCCUCUACCAUUUUUACCAUCUCUGUUCGAGGCCUUCCUCUCUAAGACCCCAUGGUAACUUCAUGCCACGUACGACAGAGAGCACCAGACCCCCAGUGUCUCUGCCCUUGCCCUCCGAAGGCCCCCUGGUGUUCGGGGGGCGCCCCCUGAUGUUUGUGGGGUGCCCCCUGAUGUUUGUGGGGCACCCCUGGUGUUCGUGGGGCGCCCCCUGAUGUUUCUGAGGCUGGGACUAGCCUACAACCGCAGGCUCGGCUGUGGUCCUAUUGUUUUGCUCAGUAAUUACAUUUUUAACAAAGAGGGUAAAAUCGCAGGGAUUUCAACCUUCUCCUGUGGUGGAUUUGAUGAGAACGGUUUUCAUAUAGAUUUUCAUUGUUCUGUCGGUAAUUAAAUUUUCAUUAAAUAAAGAAUGUGCAAUGUCCUGUUUGUGCUCACUUGAUUAUUAUGGAGUUUUAAAAUUGUAAAUGGGCCGCCUCUCUGAAGAUUUUCUAUUUCUUGCUCUUUCUAGCUUUUUUUGUGUUCUAACCUCUCCUUUUGUAUUCUGUAUUUCUAUUAUGAUCUUAUAUGUCCUUCAUUGUGACCCGCGGGAUUUUCAAAAAUAACUUUAUUCAAAACGUACAGAAGUAGCAUGUAUUUUCAUCAA